UCCAUACAAGCUAGCUCUUGUUCUUCAAAGAAGAGAAGCAUGAUGCCAAUACUGAAGACUAGAGAAACAACAACAAUGGAACAAGAAAGUGAUGAUAUUUAUCAAAAGACUGAGCACUCUAGAAUCUGUCUCAUGAGAGACACAGUUGAAGCUCGUGAUCCAUCUUCAAAGGAAGUUGAUGACCUGACACUGAGAAGAUUUCUGAGAGCACGUGAUUUAGAUAUACAGAAAGCUUCUGUAAUGUUUCUCAAAUACCUUAAAUGGAGAAAUGAAUUUGUUCCAAAUGGGUUCAUUUCUUUAUCAGAAGUUUCUAAUGAAAUUGCACAGAACAAAAUGUUUCUGCAAGGAUCUGACAAGAAAGGACGUCCUAUCGCAGUUGUUUUUGGUGCCAGACAUUUUCAAAACAAAAAGAGUUUAGACGAAUUCAAGCGUUAUGUAGUGUUCAGCCUGGAUAAAGUAUGCUCAAGGAUGCCGGAAGGAGAAGAGAAAUUUGUUGGGAUCGGAGAUCUUGAAGGUUGGGGAUAUGCGAACACCGAUAUUCGUGGAUAUCUUGCUGCGUUAUCCAUUUUGGCGGACUACUACCCAGAAAGGCUAGGAAAGUUGUUUCUGGUUCAUGUACCACACAUUUUUAUGGCAGUUUGGAAAAUCAUUUACCCCUUUAUAGACGACACCACCAAGAAAAAGAUAGUAUUUGUGGAGAACAAGAAGCUGAAGUCCACUCUACUUGAAGACAUCGAUGAGAGCCAAAUUCCGGAGAUCUACGGAGGGAAAAUGUCACUGGUCCCUAUCCAAGAUAACUAAUCAAUCAACCACCCGCAUCCUGUAGUAUAUAAAGUGUAUCAAGAAACUAUUAAUCCAUAUUCGAAAGAUUUGCCUAUGCAAUGAGCAAAAUGUAUCCUGAAUCUGAUCAAAUAUAACAAUAGAUUUGAUGGUCAA